UUCUGUAUGUAGCUGUUGGCUGAGCAGAAUAUACCGCAUCGUGAUCAUCAGCUGCUGAAGCCUCGGGAAUCAGAAGCUGAAUGGACUUGCCUUGGGCUGGAGUGGGGAGCCAGAGCAUGCCUCGAACAUGGAGAAAGAAGGGUAUAAAAGGACGCUCUCGCACCGCGAAGUUCAUCUCAUCCCAUCAACCAGCCCGAUCAACUGCCUUCCACUCGCAGAACAAACACCACUCUCACUCUUACCGGCACCACCAUAAAAAUGCAGUUUACCCUCAUCGCCGCCGUCUUCGCCAGCAUUCUCGGCCUCACCAGCGCCCAGACGCUACCUCCCACCUGCUCCCUGACCUGCUUCCUCGCCGCCGCCGACGCCUCCGACUGCGGUCUCGACUACGACUGCCUCUGCGAGGACGCCACCUACAUCGCCAGCGUGACGGCGUGUGUUGCGGCCGCCUGCACCGCGGCGGAGCUUACGGCCGUCGCGGAUUACGCGAACACACAGUGUGCGGGGCACCCGGGGUUUCCUAUUGAUCUCUAGAUCCCUCUGCCUCUGGGUGGAUAGUGAAGGAAUGAAGGAAUGAUGAAAUAUGGGGGGGAGGAAGGGGGUUGGUGGAUAUAUGGUAGCUAGCGCCGGUAGUGUUGAGCACUGUGGCUGAGAAUUGAGGAAUAUACCUGGG